AUGAGCAAGAAGGGACAGGGCCCAGGGCAGCCCCCCAAAACACCAUGCCCUGCGGAGAAGGCGCAUCAGGACUUUCAGGUCCUGAUGCAGAAGAUUGGGGGGCGGCCAGAGGUGCUCCUCAUCGGGGAGACCGUGGGGGGCAAGGACAUCCAUGGUCUCAUGGGCUCUUUCGUCAAGGACCUGUUCUCGACCACCGGGCACCCCAUUCCUCCCGGGGAGGUCCUGAAGGACCAACGUAACGCCUUGUUCCCCGCAGGAGGAAGCAAGUCAUGCCAGCUCAUCUUCUUCCUAUGCCGAGCCUCUUGCGUGAAAGGCAAGCAGGCAGAGCUGCAGAAGAUCCUGAAGGAGGUGAAGCAGAUUGUCCGGAAGGCUCCAUGCGCCUUGGUGGGAAUCGUCAUGGAGCCGCAGAACGGAGAAGAAGCGGAGGCCCGUUGCCAGCUGGAGAAACUGAUGCGCGGGGUCUUCCCAAAGCUGCCGCAGAAACGGGGCCAGAAAACCGUCAACAAGGGGGACAUGGGCAAGGAGCUGGAGCUGGAGGACGUCGAGGUGGAAGUGGAGAUCUACGUCCCCGGCCAGCCGACGGGGAAGCUGGCAGUCAUGAAGGCCGCCUGCCGCGCGUCAGAAGCCCUGUCCAAAUGCGGAGGUGCGACAAGCGCUGGGAGUGCUAUUGAGCAGGGCGAGGGAGUGGACGCUGGCAGGGGUUCUUCUUGGAGGUCAGUAGCCCUCAAAGGUUUAUUGGGGACCAUGUUCGUGGCUGGCCUUGCCUCUGCAGGGUGGUAUUUCUACGACCAAGGCAUGAUCCCAUCAGACAUCAUUCCACCAGGCCUGUUCCCUUUUGCUUGA